GCGAGUAAGUGUACAAAUUUAUGCUCCACGUUUUUUUUUUAAAUUUUAUUUAUCGUUUAUUUUAUUUCACGUGCGCAGAUUAUUGCUGGAGCAUCCUUCCUGUGUUUGACACAUCGACAACAACAGCAAAAUGGCCAAGCGCACCAAGAAGGUUGGAAUCGUUGGUAAAUAUGGUACCCGUUAUGGUGCCUCCCUGCGUAAGAUGGUCAAGAAGAUGGAAAUCACGCAGCACAGCAAGUACACUUGCUCUUUCUGCGGCAAGGACUCGAUGAAGCGCGCCGUCGUUGGAAUCUGGUCCUGCAAGCGAUGCAAGCGCACCGUCGCCGGUGGCGCCUGGGUGUACUCCACCACCGCCGCCGCCUCCGUGCGCUCCGCCGUCCGUCGUCUGCGAGAAACCAAGGAACAGUAAACAUUUACGAGUAAUAGGUGGAUCCAUCUAAUCCAAUGCUCCGUUAUGCUAUGCUAGUUUCCGUAGUUUUAAUCUGACAACGCGAUUUUUCUGUGGUUUGCACCGUGCCGGUCAUGUGAAAAUAAAAAAAUGAUUUUUACUUUAUCAGUAA